GGGCUAUGGCAAGGGCGGGACCUAAGAAAUUCUCGUGAAGCGUUAGGUCCUCACACUUCCCGCCAAAGCCUAAAACCCUAAUCUCCUUUAUCUCUUAAACCCCACUUCGUAGCCGCUAAAGCAGGCCAGACGGCUCUACCUCCAUCCACCAUGGAUCCUAAAGCAGUCAAAUCGGGCCUGGUUCUCAUCCUGGACUUCGGGUCUCAAUACACUCACCUAAUCACCCGUCGAAUCCGUUCGCUCUCCGUCUUCUCCCUCUGCAUCUCCGGCACAUCCCCUCUCUCCGCCAUCACCUCCCUCAACCCUCGCGUUGUCAUACUUUCUGGCGGGCCCCACUCCGUCCACACUCCCGACUCCCCUGCGUUCCCUGCUGGUUUCAUAGAGUGGGCCCUGGAAAACAGGGUACACGUCCUUGGCAUCUGUUAUGGACUGCAGCUCAUUGUGCAGAGGCUUGGGGGAUUGGUUAGGGUUGGGGACAAGCAAGAGUAUGGGAGAAUGGAGAUUGAGGUCGAGGGAAAUUCGGGGAUUUAUGGGAAUAAGAGGAUUGGGGAUAGGCAGGUGGUUUGGAUGAGUCACGGGGAUGAGGCUGUGCGGCUACCUGAGGGGUUUGAAGUGGUUGGCAGGAGCCAGCAGGGUGUCGUGGCAGCUGUGGAAAAUCGGGAGAAGAGGUUUUAUGGGCUGCAGUAUCACCCGGAGGUUACUCAUUCACCAGAAGGGAUGGAUACCCUUCAGUAUUUUCUCUUCGACGUCUGUAGGGUUGCUGCUGGGUGGAAGAUGGAAAAUAUUUCAGAUGAAGAGAUUAAAGUAAUCAGGGAUACUGUGGGGGAUGAAGAGCAUGUUAUAUGUGCUUUAUCAGGGGGUGUGGAUUCUACAGUUGCCGCUACUCUUGUUCAUAAGGCAAUUGGGGAUAGGCUUCAUUGUGUUUUUGUUGACAAUGGUCUAUUACGGUAUAAAGAGAGAGAACGUGUAAUGGAAACCUUUGAAAGGGAUUUGCAUCUACCUGUUACAUGUAUUGAUGCCUCAGAGCAGUUUCUUAGUAAGCUGAAAGGUGUAGUAGAUCCUGAAAUCAAAAGGAAGAUAAUUGGAAAGGAGUUUAUUGGCAUCUUUGAUGCUUUUGCCCAUGAUUUGGAGCAGAAGCUAGGGAAGAAACCACUUUACUUAGUCCAAGGGACCUUGUACCCAGAUGUUAUUGAAUCUUGUCCGCCGCCUGGAUCUGGAAGAAACCACUCCCACACCAUCAAGAGCCAUCACAAUGUUGGAGGUCUUCCCAAAGAUAUGAAAUUGAAGCUAAUUGAGCCACUUAAACUUCUAUUUAAGGAUGAGGUUCGUCAUCUGGGGAGGAUUUUGAAUGUUCCAGAGGCAUUUCUGAAGCGCCACCCAUUUCCUGGCCCAGGCCUUGCAGUUAGAGUCUUGGGUGAUAUCACUGAAGGCAAUGCCUUGGAUGUCCUCCGUGAGGUUGAUGAGAUUUUCAUACAGGCAAUCAAAGAUGAUGGGCUUUAUGAUUCAAUUUGGCAAGCUUUUGCUGUUUUUUUGCCUGUAAAAUCAGUUGGAGUACAAGGUGAUCAAAGGACUCAUUCCCAUGUUGUUGCUCUCAGAGCUGUCACCAGUCAAGAUGGGAUGACUGCCGAUUGGUACUAUUUUGAAUCCAAGUUCCUCUGUGAUGUAUCUCGAAAAAUAUGCAAUAAUGUUCGGGGUGUAAACCGAGUUGUUAUGGAUAUUACAUCGAAGCCUCCAUCAACAAUUGAGUGGGAAUGAUUCUGUGUCAGAUGCUUUCAGCUUCAUGAAAUGUGAGUAACAGACUUAAUGGUUGUGUAGAUUCGAGGUUACAUAUGCAUUGGUUGUUGCCUUACAUUUGCUUCAAAAUUUAGCAUAGUUGGCAAGGAGAAUGAUGAAGCAGGAUAUCUCCCCCUUCCCCUCCUCCGCCCCCCUUUUAUCUUAUGUAAAAUAUGAUUCUUGCUCAGGCAUAUUUUUGUGGGAGGGAUAUAUCCUAAAAGUUUGUAGGCAGUAGUUUUGGAUUAGUUAUUAUAAGUUUUAUGGUAGUUAUCAGUUAUUAUGAAGUGUUUCUUGGAACAAAGCCUUAUCAUUUAUUUACUUACAUGCUUGAA